GCCGCUCCAACAGCGUAAUGGCAGAAAGCUCUACCUCUACGGCAGGGCAAGCCUGGAUCCCGUCCAUUGAGUGAUGCCGCCAUCUAGUGGCGGCGCGGGGCACAGAGCCGCUGCAUUUGGUGAGGCGAAGAGCCUCAGAAUUGCGGUCCUUUCUUUAAGAAGUGUGGGAAUUCAUCCCGUCCGGCUGCCACGCCGGAACAGCAGCCCUCGGAGGCGCCCGGGACCCGCACGACCGCCGCCCCGCCGCCCCUCGCACGUGACCGUGACGCCCAGUUCCAUGGAACAAACAGAGAGAAUCCUGGGCCAGCGCCUCCCCAGCCCCACUGUCCAGCCCAAUAAGAAGAGGACAUCAGUGAUGUCUUUCUUUUCCAAGGCCUCUUGGAACUUAAGUUUCCAGAAGAAGGAGCGUCUGAAGAAUAUGUUUUCUACCUUGGUGGAAACUGCCCAGGACCCCAGUGCCAAAAAGCGUCACAUGGCAAUAAUGGUCCUUGGAACCAUAGCCUGUGAGACCCCAGACAAGGUGAAAAAGUAUAGAAAAAUUAUCCUAGACCUGCUGGUGCAUGGAUUGUAUGACCCUAUGAGUUCUGAAGUCAUCCAUGAGAGCUUGAAGACUCUGACCCUCAUCCUGGGCAAGAUCCAAGGAAAAGGUCUGGGCUCCUUCUUCAUUGACAUCACUCUUCAGACCAGGACUUUAUUAGAUGAUGAGAAUGACAGCCUGAGAUAUUCUGCUUUUGUCGUGUUUGGGCAAUUGGCUGCCUUUGCUGGGCAGAAGUGGAAGAAAUUUUUCAUCAGUCAGGUUAAGCAGACACGAGAUUCCCUCUUGAUCCAUUUACAGGAUAGAAACCCCCAGGUCGCCAAGGCUUGCAAAACAACACUUCUAGCCUGUUCUCCAUAUCUGAGACAAAGGAAGGAAUCCAGCUGCUGGAGUGAAGAAGAUCAAAGGAACCCCAGACUCUGCAGGCAGCUGAGUUACUGUCAUCCAGAGCUCCUGCAGUUCUUCUAUGCAAAUAAAAUCCUGUAAACAGAGCGGCAGGGAAAUGGUUCCACAUGAGCAUAUUGCUGGAGGGUUGAUGUUCCCCCCUCUUUCCACUCUUCAGGUGCUUCUGCUUGCCUCUUGGGAUUGUAAUAGGAGAGGGGAUGCUAGGAGAGCAAUCGGCAGCAAAAAUACUACCAUAGAAUUAUAGAAUUAUAGCCAAAGUAAAUUCUCAAUUGCUUUUACAUGUCACAUUUUCUCCCCACACACAUUUGAUGAGAAGGUACACGCUUUCUUUAAAAUAUUUAAGGUAUGCGCAGUCUGUGCUUGUGUCUCAGCUUUUUCCUUUUAAAUUCAUCUCUGUUCCCCUCUUUCAUUUUUAAUUUCUGAAGCUUAGAAGAAUAACUAUUGCCUAAAUUACUUUUAAAAACCUGCUAUUAUUAGCUUGCUAUUUGCUCCUGAUGCCUUUUCUUGGCAAAAUCUAUUUAAAGUUGGCCAAGAUACCAAGAAGGUGGUUCAGAGGGGUGUCUUUAGCUUCUUGUGAUCUUCUAGUCAUUGCCUCCUAGAUCAUUCCAAACAAGAAUUAAUAGAGAAAAAAAUCUAUAGAGCAUGUGUUGAAAAACCUCAGGCUGAUGGUAAUGUAUCGGGUAAUAAUAAUUUAUUGGGCAUGAAGCAUUUUGCAAGUUUUAUUUAGUACUCACAGAAGCCCUGUGAGAAAGGCACCGUUAUUAUCCUCAUUUUAUAGAUGAGAAAACUAUGACAUAGGGAAAUAAAGUACUUGUCCAAGAUGACUCAGUAAAUGAUGGAGCCAGAAUUCAAACCCGUGCAGUGUGACUUCCAGAGCCUAUAUCCAAUCACCUUAUGACACUGUCUCCUUAUGGAAUAAUGAACAGGUGGUAAAAAAUGUACAAAACAAAACAAAUAAAAAUCCCUCAGUUUCUGCUCCUCUAUUUAACCCAGUUAACUUUUGCUUUUAUAUGUACUAAGUACACAGUUUUAUUAAGUGAUUUGUGAGCUAAGUAUGUAUUUUAUUAAUCACCUCUUGGCUAUUAUUUUUUGGUGAUUAAUCUUAGUUCUGUAAGGGUCACAUCACUCAUUAAAAAUUUCGAGAAAAAUCUUAGUCCAACCCAUUUUCCCUCCAGCCAGAUUGCUUCCCAGGUGCCACCUAAAGAUAUUAACACUGAACUUGGUGUUUGGGCCAUUCCUGGACCAACUGAGUUCAGCUUUGGAAAUGGAGAACAUGAGAGGGCAUAAUGCUAUAGGGGAAUCAUAAUAUCAUUCUGGGAACCAGGAGCUCAGUUUUCUGCCCUCGCUCUCCAGUGCAGGACCAUGUAACACAGAUGAGGGGCUGAGGUGUGUCCUAGGGGAGAAGAGGAUGUGGGAGAUGGCAGAAGGGGCAGCAGGAACCUGGCAUGGAUGGGUUUUCUUUUUUCCCAUUUUGAACCUGGAAUACAAGAGGGCAGGAGCUCUUGGUUGUGACACAGGCUCAGGAGCAGGUGGGAUGGUUCUGAGCCGAGAGCCCUCUCUCCUCCCAGGUGUUGGCCUGUUUGAAACUGUGUUGCAAGGAUGGUUUAGAAUAUGAACCAGUUCUAUUAAGUGAUCAGAGAGGGGCAUGGAAAAUGACUGCAUUUUGCCAGGAUUCACAGACAGGUGACAUGCUCUAGAGUAGAAAGAUCUAUGAACUUAUGCCCUGUAGUUGAUUAAAGCUGUGGAAGAUGCUCUUGAAUUCUGUGACUUUAGGAUUCAUGGUAGACUAUUACCUUGGUGGCCCCAAAUGAAUCACGGCUCCUGAUCUUCAUAUCCUUGUGUGGACCUAUCCCCUUGAAUCUGAGCUGGCUUUGUGCCCUGCUUUAACCAUUAGAAUGUGCCAGAAGUGCCACUGUGCCAAUUCUAGGCUAUGCUUUAAGAGCCCUGGCAGCUUCCCUGUUUGCACUCUGGAUGAAGCCAGCUGCCACGUAAGAAGUCAGACCGUCAGGAAGAAAAGACAGUGUCUGAGAUCACCGUUUUGGAAGGAAGACCACAUGGAGAUGCCAUGUGGAGGACAACUGAGGAACUUAGACCACAGUGAAGUCUGAGGCCCAAACAUAUGAACUGGCUGCUUCAGCCAGACCCCAGUGGUGCAAACUGUCCUAGCUGACACCCUAUGAAAAAAGAGGUGAGCUAGCUCCAUCAGCACAUCCCAAACUGUACAAUUGUGAGCAAGUGAUCAGAUGAUUGUUUUAAGUCACUAACUUUUGGGAUAGUUUGUCCCUUGGGAAUAAGUAAUCCAAAAAGAUUCCAUCCAUCCUCAUCAUCAAUUUGACUUACGGCCAUUUUGGUUUUGUUCUUAGUAAGUCCUCUUUUGAGUUUAAAUUAUACUUACAGAAAGUUACGUUGUCGUGGAAUUCCGGGGCCAGACCAAGGGAUGCUUGAUUUUCUUUUUGUCUCUCACUAUAUCUACCACAGCACCUAGCACACAGCAGGUGAUUAAGAAACAUGUGCUGCGUGACUAAAUAGUUGCAAAUAGUAGCGGGAAUAGAGUCCAAGCUCUUGUUUGCCAUUCCGCGCUCUCAGCCACGGCCUCACUCUUCUUUUCCAGCUUUUUUUUUUUUCUGUUACUCUCUUUGCUUCAGUCAAUUUUGGAAGCUCUCUCUUUCUCAAACACUCCUUGGUCUCUUUCGCUCCCUUGCCUCUGCUCAGUCUGGUCUUUCUUGUUCAAAUCCCCUCCCCACCCACCCAUGCAUGCUCACGCACGCGUGCACACACACACUUUUCACACAUCGCUUAUCUGUAUUCCAAGACCUACGUCAAAUCCCUGAUCCCCUCAAUCAGGGAAGAGCUCACAUCUCUGAAUUCCCAGAACAUCCUAUCAAUCUUAAGCCACUUAACAUGUUUUAUCUCCUUUGAAAGUUUUUACCUACAUGUCUUUCCCCCUUCCCCUCAGAUUGAGGCUGCUGAAGGCAGGUCCCUAUCUUGUAUAUCUUUGUAUCUUGCACAUGACCUCAAAGGUACUCAGUAGGUGCUUAGGAAAUGAAUGUUGACCAGAGAGAAAAAAGUUCAAAAAUCAUCUGAAGUUAUUCCUCCUUGGGAGGCACCCAUUUUGACAAAUAGGGCCAUAUUUUUUCUCCUUAUAACUGAUGUACAGGUUACUUUUACUUAUAUAUGUAACGUUUUCCCUCCCCAAAAGAUGCAGGUUAAUUUGAAUGCCAACCUAAAGGUAAGGCUCUGACAUUUCUUAAUUUUAAACACCAGCUAUAGAACAGUUGAGUGAACGAAAGAAGGGAAAAAAAUGUUCAGGUGGUACCAUGCUAUGUGCUGAGAGUAGAGCGACUCAUAAAACUUGGUUCCUGCUUCCAUGUUGCUCAUGAGAUGGGUUUUUCUUAAAGGGAAAGGAGAGGAAAAGAUCAAGAAGGGAGUUGAGAAUCUUAAGCGUGAUCAGUCCUGGGAAUCAGUACAGAAUCCUGUGGAAUCCCAGUCAAUAGAGGAAUUAAUGAAGGAAUGCUCCACACAUU